AUGACUCGCCUCCUGCUGGGUCUGUCUCCAAAAGCUGUGAAGAAGGCCGGUCAAGAUGAUGAAAUGCUGCUCCAUGCCGCAGGAGAAAGCAAUUCAAUGGAAAUCGUCACACUCCUCCUAGAAUCAAAUGCAGGCAUAGACUCUACAGACACACAGGAAAGGGUUCCUCUCUAUUAUGCAGCAAACGAAGGCUAUGUGCAGAUUGUGAAACAGCUCAUCAUAUAUGGUGCCGCGGUUAACCACGCGGUCUCAUCGGGGCAUACACCUCUACACCAGGCCGCAUAUCAGGGCCACGACGAAGCGUUACAGCCUUGCUAA